GCUUCAAUGAAAUAGAAAAGAAAAUACUGCUUAUCAUGUAAUCUAACAAUUGUAGUGAAAUAGCUUUUAAAAUGUUUCAAAAUAAAUUACAGAGACAAUCGUGAUUUUGGAAUUUAAAACCGUUUUCACAGCAAGAUAUAAACGAAGAUGUUUUCUCUUAAGUUUACAAGCAUUUUCGUUUUGUUAAGUACGAUACAAGGUGCUGAAGGCUACACAAUAAACGAUACUGCAACGCUACAGAGAGACCUUUUCGCUUCGUACAUGAAGGAACUUAGACCGCAGUCCAAAACAGAUAUCGGCCUGGAGUUCGGACUUACGCAUAUAACGGAACUGGACAUUAUUACACAGCGUUUAUGCAGUGUUGGAUUUCUUCAUGUUUUAUGGAUGGAUUUUCGCUUGCAGUGGAUACCAUCUAGCUACGGGAACAUGACAUAUAUGAGACCUUUAUUAACCAAACUGUGGACUCCGCCGCUUGUUUUGAGUAAUGCAGCUGACGAAAUAAAAAUUCUGAAUGACAAUUCUAACUUUGCGAGUUCUCCUGGUUUCGUGAAAUACGAUGGGCUCAUAUAUUGGAUGGCACCAGCAAAUUUCAUAGCACAGUGUACAAUUUACAUUAAAUACUACCCAUUUGAUUCACAGAGCUGCAAAAUUGUGGUUUCUUCGUGGAUGUUCCAUAAAAGAGAGUUACAUCUUAUGGCGGCAACCAGCUCAAAGGUCAACCUUGACCUUUACGAGGAGCACGGUGAAUGGGAUAUUACUGAAACGUCUGUUAGAAAUGUCACGAGAAGUGUAAGUGGCUACACGCUGACAGCAGUUGAGUUUACGCUUCAACUGACGAGGAAAUAUUCCUACUAUCUGUUGAACAUGAUACUUCCGGUUUUCAUUCUUGCUGCAAUGGCACCAUUCGUAUUUGUCUUGCCAGUGGAGAGCGGGGAGAAGAUCGGUUUUGCUCUGACAAUUUUGUUGUCAUUGUCAGUUGUUAUGACAAUCGUGUCUGACAAUAUACCACCAACAUCAACCGAAAUAUGCGUCCUCAGUGUUUAUCUUUUGACAACGUUUAUUAUCUGUUCGCUGGAAACCUUGGUAACAGUUGCAACUUGCAGAAUCCACGAGCUUCACAAUAAAAUGUAUGUGAUGGGUGAUGGAUGUCAGAAAGUUGCAAGGAUCCUAGCUAAAAUUACGAGAUACAGACGAAGGCCGAAAAUUGGUGACGAAACUACAACAAAAGAAGACAAUGGCACAAAGGAGAUACAUGUGAACAUGGCAGAAAAGAUUGACUUAUCAAAACAGAUAGAAAGAGAUAAUAAUGCGUGGACUGAAAAUGAAAAAGAAGACAAUUACACCGAAGUUAGAACUGAGUUCACUUAUGAAGAUAUUGUGAUCAUGUAUGAAAAAUUCAAUUUCAUCGCAUUUACCCUGUUGACGUCCUCCGUUACAACAAUUUUUCUGGUUAUCUUGCAGACCAACUGAUGAGAGUCAAGCUAAAAGAUUUUACAUAUUGCGAUAUUAAAUGUCAGGGAACUGUCAGGGCAUUUUAUAUGAAUCAAUCUGAAUGAACCGUGAGAAUGCAAAUUAACUGCUUGUAAUUAACGCUAACAAAAGACACUUACAAAGAAAGACAAUUUCCGUUAUAAAAUGUGAAACAUUUAAUGAUGUAUGAAGUGGAAUAAGAGCUGCAUGCGCGGAUGGAGUCCAGCAUUCCAAAAAGAAAAGUUGCUAAUAUUUAAAUACUGUUUUUGUCCAAUAGUAACAUUUUUGCAUUCUGUGUAAAUACUAAGAUGUAGGAAUUAUUUUCAAUUAUUGUCGUCGUAUCAUUAAAAAUUUUAGACGUAAAACUA